AUGGCGUGGCUCCGUCAGAGUCGAGGUUCUCCCCGACUCGUGCUGGUGGUGGUGUGUGUCGCUCUGCUGCUCGACAACAUGCUGCUGACUGUGGUCGUGCCGAUCAUCCCGACCUUCCUCUACGCCAUCGAGCAUCCCAGUUCAGAGCUCCAGACCGCCCAGCCCGCCCUGGUCCCUGUGCCCAGCCUCAGUGCACCACGCUUGGGCACGGUGACCGCACAGUCCCCCUCCCCCAGGUUAAACUUCCAGACCUCAAGCAGGAGCUCGGAUCUCCCUCUGCCCAGCUUCAGUGCACCGGUCCUGGGUACACAGUCAGAUCAGAGCCCCCGGUUGUCUCCUCUGGUGUCCCUGUUUGACAACUCUACCUUCAGCAUGCAGGAGAUUCGGACUAAGCCCACCCCUUACAAAGAGACCAUGGACCGGAGUGGCCUGAACACAGAACAGGACAUCAACGCAACUACAGAGUCCUCAUGUCUUCAGGACAGUGCGUUUCUGGAGGAGGAAAAUGUUCAAGUUGGUUUGUUGUUUGCCUCUAAAGCUAUCGUCCAGCUGCUCAUCAACCCCUUCGUUGGACCGCUCACCAACAGGGUCGGGUAUCACAUCCCCAUGUUUGCUGGUUUCAUCAUCAUGUUUGUGUCAACCAUCA